CCCCGCCAUCCCACUUCCAACGUUGACGCGUUCUUCCUGCGGGCCUAAACUAAGGUUCACUUCAACUUCAACUACUUACCUAGUAACUAGUUCUCAUCAAAGUAUACGCCCGAGUGCAUAAGGAGAAACCUAUAUCUUCUUCCAAUGCCUAACAUAUGAUGAGUUAAUUUCUCUAGGACUAUCCUGGGCCUUCCCUUAAGAAUGGACAACAUCCACGCACCAACGGUUCCUGCGGGACCCUCAUCACGCCCGCUGUCAAAUGGAAAUGCAAAGCAUCUCUCAUUUGCUGAACUUCAGGCUAAGAAACUUGAUAUCGAAGCUGAACUAAAAGCCCUGAGUGGUGUGCUCGACUCGCAUGGCGUCAAUAUGGAAACUCCUUUGACCACCGCCGACGGGUUUCCUCGUGCUGAUAUCGACGUCGCACAAAUACGCACCACCCGAGCUCGAAUCAUCCACUUAAAAAACGACUACAAAGACCUUCUCAACACGAUAGAGAAACAUCUCCACGAACACUUUGCGAGCAUUCAAGAUGCCGACGAUGCCGUGCCCGCUUCGGCGGAUCGUGCCGAGAUGCUAGGCGAUUCGAUCCCGGAAACUUUAGAGGAGCCUUUUGCGAAAGUGAAUAGCGUCGUUGCAGGUAGCCCGGCAGAGUCGGCUGGCCUGAAACCCGGAGACGAAAUCCGAAAUUUCGGCUACGUUAAUAAAAGAAACCACGACGGCCUUAAGAAAGUUGCAGAGUGCGUUCAAGGAAACGAAGGUCAAAGGAUCUUGGUCAAAGUGACCCGCCGCGUAGACACCAACCGCAAGCAAGAGCUACAGCUGAAUUUAACCCCACGGCAAAAUUGGGGAGGGAGAGGCCUGUUGGGAUGCCAUAUCCUGCCACUAUGAAUAAUUUCAUAAUGGCUUUGGCAUUUCAAGCGGCAUCAAACUAUCGGCCCUAUCCUAUAUGUGGAUGCUCGGAUGUAACUAUAUAUACCUACCUCCU